CAGAAACAUGAAGGCUUCAAACUCGAUGCUAUUGAUCAGAAUUGUUUACAUCCUCUUUUUCUCAAUUCCGUUGGUAAAAUCAGAUUCAGGUCUGGAUAAGUUUCUGCGAUGCCUUCCUAAACAUUCCAAUUCUUCUAAACCAAUAACUGAUUCCAUAUACACCCCCAAUAAUUCCUCCUUUCAAUCUGUUUUGGAGUCAAGUGCAAAUAACCUUAGAUUUUUAACUCCUCUAACUCCGAAACCAGGGGCCAUUAUAGCAGCCCAGGAUGAGUCCCAUAUCCAAGCAACCAUUAUUUGCGCAAAGCAUUAUGGCUUUCAAAUAAGAACUCGGAGUGGUGGUCAUGAUCACGAGGGUCUUUCAUAUGUGUCUUAUGUUCCAUUCAUUGUACUUGAUCUGUUUAAUCUUCGGUCUAUCCAGAUCGAUUUGGAAAGUGAGACGGCAUGGGUUCAAGCUGGGGCGACUAUUGGGGAACUUUAUUAUCGGAUUGCAGAGAGAAGUCAAGUCCAUGGCUUCCCAGCAGGAAUUUGUCCCACUGUGGGCAUUGGUGGGCACGUCGGUGGAGGUGGCUACGGGCCCUUGAUGAGAAAAUAUGGCCUCACUGUGGACAAUGUCAUUGAUGCACAAAUGAUUGAUGUCAAUGGUAGGAUACUAAACAGAGAGUCCAUGGGAGAAGAUGUAUUUUGGGCUAUCAAUGGAGGUGGUGGAGCUAGUUUUGGGGUCAUCCUCUCAUGGAAAAUCAAACUGGUUCGCGUUCCUGCGAAAGUCAAUGUUUUCCAGGUGCUAAGGACUUUGGAACAAGGGGCAACAGAUAUUGUUUAUCAUUGGCAACAAGUUGCCCAUAAACUACACCGAGAUCUUUUUAUCAGAGCCACGCCUGUUGGGGUAACUGGAACCAGUGGCAACAACACCGUCCAAGUUUCUUUCGUAGGUCAGUUUCUUGGAGGAACCGAAAGGCUUCUGCAACUGAUGAAUGCGAGCUUUCCUGAAUUAAGUUUGAAGCAAGAUAAUUGCUUAGAAAUGAGUUGGAUUCGGUCUACCCUUUUUUGGGCUGGUUACCAAAAUGGAACAUCCGUUGAUGUCUUGCUCAAUAGAAGACAGAACAAAUUUUUCUAUAAAGUCAAGUCAGAUUACGUCAAAGACGUGAUUCCUGUGACUGGAUUAGAAACCUUAUGGAAAUGGUUGAUGGAAAUUACUGAUAGUAAUUUUGUUGAAAUGAGCCCCUAUGGUGGUAGAAUGGCUGAGAUAUCAGCAUCCGAAACGCCAUUUCCACAUAGAGCUGGAAACCUUUACAAAAUUGAGUAUGGAGUAUACUGGACGAAUGGUAGCAUGGAGGCCAGAAAACAGUACAUCAACUGGUCAAGAAACGUACAUGCUGCAAUGGCUCCGUACGUCUCCAACAACCCAAGGGAGGCAUUCCUCAACUAUAGAGACCUUGACCUCGGCAGCAAUGGCAGCAACUAUACAGAUUUUGAGGUUGCGGAAGUUUAUGGAGCUAAGUACUUCAAGGGCAAUUUCCUGAGAUUGGCUCGAGUGAAGGCCAUGGUUGACCCAGAUAAUUUCUUCAAAAAUGAACAAAGUAUUCCACCAUUUCCACAUCAAAACUCCCAUUAGGAGGACGUUAAGCCUUGUUUUUAUCUAUUUUAUUUCGUCCUACAAUAAUGCCUUGCUGGUUUAUA